AUGACAAUGCUUGGCUUCAAUUAUGAAUGUAGAAAUAGUGGAAUAUGUAUAUCGUAUGAUAGACAAUGUGAUGAUCAUUGUAAUUCAAAUUAUACGAAUGAUGAUAAUUUUUUUUAUAAAUUAGAAUCGAUCUAUCAAUUUUGUCUAGAAUUAUUAAGUUCGACAGAACGUUCUAAUACUCAUCCAGAUAAAAAUUGCUUCCUUGGGGCUGAUGAAUAUUAUUGUAAUACUGAUCCAACGCCUAAUCAUCCCUAUCGUUAUUAUGCAAACCAAUUUAUGCGUAAAUAUAUACUGACGAUUCAUUUGCUCAUUUAUCCGUUAUUAACGAAGAGUACCACAGAAGAAAAAGAAAAUACUACUACUAAAUCAUUUUCAACUAAAGUUACAAAUAUAGUUCAAUCAAUGACAGAUUUAUUUCAAACAAGUUUAUUGUUUAAGAAAAAUAAGAUACUUGUGCAAGCAUAUCAAACGUAUGUUAAACAAAAAUCAUUCGAAGGAUGGAUAUGUAAUCUGAGUAUAGCAGUUUUUAUUAAGAAUAAUCAACAACAAUAA